CGUUAGGAGUGUGGUUUUUAUUGGCCAACGUUUUUUAAAACUGAAGUUCUCGGCCCCCGGUGAUCAGAGAGAUGUUGUAAAUGAAAUGUUUAUCAGUGUGCUAAAAUGAAUUUAUUUUGAGAGUAAUUUCAUCUACAGAGCAGAUCUAUGGAGGUCAUGCGUGAUGCAGAGGCGGAGAGUGCCAAAUACAAGCCCGGCGGUCGACUGGAUAUGAGCCACGGGUUCCUGAGGCACAUCAGGAGGAAUCAGAUCGCCAGGGAUGAUUAUGACAGAGAGGUAAAACAGGCCAAGGAGAAACAGAGGCGUAGACACACCACCACCCCUCGCCGUCCGCGGAGACCCGACCGCCAGGUCUACCACCCACGCCAUCAGAAUGGAUCUGAAGCAGGUGCGAAUGCAGAGGCGGAGGACUGGAAUGAGAGCAGCUCUGGCACAGAGCAGGAGAACACUGGCACAGAGUUAUUCUGGCUCGAUUAUCAAGCUGACAAUGGCCAAAUAACGUCAUUCAUCGUUCACAAGGAGGACAAGCCAGAAGUUAUUGUGGAAAGAGUGGCGGAGAAGAACGUUCUGGACUCGGCCAUGAGGGCGGCGCUGUUGGCACGUGUGGGACAAGAAAUGGACAAGCGGUGUGACAAAUGCUGAAAAGAGGAGAGAAGCAUUCUUAAAUAAGAGUGGAGAUUAAAGCGCUGAGACGCUGUUGAGCCAGAAUUGAGACUGAACUGCAUUUCUCUAUGACGGCACCAAGCAUGCAGCAUUCAUAAAUAUCAUGGACAUGCCAUGUAGGCAUGCCAACAUGCCUUCACAAAAUGUGAAGGUGUAGCUCAUGAGCGGACUCUAACCUCAAGAGAAAAGACACUUUGAUCUAAAAUAGUAUGUAUUUCAGUAAUACACAGAAAAUACGACCUGAAUUGUUCUUUCAACUGGAAGCUGAAGUCCUUGUGUCACUCCUCACUUCACACUCAGACCAGACAUUGGACAAAUGUUAAGCGCUCUGGAUCUUGAAGUGUUGUGCAGCUUGACCGUGGCUCUUUUUACACCUGAGGUGACUUUCUUGCACUCGUUUUUAUAACCACAAAAUCUACAUUGCCUCACUAGGUCCAAUUAGUCUGUAUUGCAUCUUAUAGGCUUUCAGAUAAGAAAAUCCACACAGAAAUCAGGUCAAAAACACUUCCAUCUGUUUAGUCUAGGAGAAGGUUUGAAGGAGUCAACUGUGAUGUAGUCCAUGUAGAUGCUACUGGAAAUAGCUGACAAAGUUCAAACAAAGUUCGAUGAAUGCUAAUGAGGUCCUCGUUGCUCUGAUAUUUAUAUCCAUGCAUUUGGAUAUCUGCCUUUUCCUUUUAUUUUCUUAUGUAUUUAUAUUGAAAUAUUGAUAUAAAUAUCAUGUUUUCCUUUGUUGGUGCUCAUGAUGUCCUGAAAACUUUUUUUUUUUUCCUUUUUUCAUCUCUUCAUUCAUUGUACAGGUAGAUUUUUAUUUUUGUAAUUGUAUUCCAACUGUGUACAAUUGUGUUAAUGUUUAGAUUGCAGGAUGAAUUGUUCAUUCUUUCAUAUGGACAGAUGAUGGCAGUGUGCACUAUGUUUACAUCAUGUGCAAAAAUACAUGUUUCUUUAUCUG